UAUAAAGAUCAGCGAAUCUGAUAUACACAUCCUACAUUGACACGUCAUUUGAAACUUCGAAGACGGAAACGGUCUUCACGAAGCCUGAGGUUGUUGGUCUGAUUUCGGCAGAAAGCCAAGGCUUUAUAUAUUAAAUAAUGGGGGGUUUCUUCUCCAGCUUGUUUUCGGGUCUUUUCGGCACAAGAGAGAUGAGAAUUCUAAUCCUGGGCUUGGACGGUGCUGGAAAGACUACAAUCCUCUACAGGCUGCAAGUUGGGGAAGUCGUGACUACCAUCCCCACUAUUGGUUUCAACGUUGAAACUGUGACUUACAAGAACCUGAAGUUCCAAGUGUGGGAUCUUGGUGGACAGACAAGCAUCAGGCCAUACUGGCGCUGCUAUUACUCCAACACAGAUGCUGUGAUCUACGUUGUGGAUAGCAGUGACCGUGACAGGAUGGGGAUCUCAAAAUCUGAGCUGGUGGCUAUGCUGGAGGAGGAAGAACUGAAGAAAGCCAUCUUAGUUGUCUUUGCCAACAAACAGGACAUGGAGCAAGCCAUGACGCCCACUGAAGUGGCCAACUCACUCGGGUUACCUGCACUCAAAGACAGGAAGUGGCAGAUCUUCAAAACAUCCGCCACCAAAGGAACAGGACUGGACGAGGCCAUGGAAUGGUUGGUGGAAUCUCUGAAAAGCCGACAGUAAUUGCACUUGCACCACUCCCUGUAAAUACUUUACCUUCUGACUUUUUGUUGAAAGACUUUGGUGUCCUUUGGACCUGUGACUGCAUUCCCCUUUUCCCUUUAUGUGAAGGCAUUUUUAUUGUAACCGCUGCAUUAAAUGAAUGAAGCUGCAGUUACAGAAUAUUUGGGCAAUCAGUACACCCCAAAAACUGUACAUCUACUGGUUCCCAUUUCAUAUGGACUUUGCACUCGAGCUCUAGGAAGCACAGCGGUCCUAUAGUUGUGUCGAUUCCUCCAUACUGACGCCAGUUUGACCCGUUCUUCCUGUAAGACAAUAUCCAGUACAUUGAUGGUAGAAUUUUGCUUCUUGUCUAUCCCCCUUUAAGCUUGGUUCUUUUUCUUCUGCUUCUUUUUUGAACACUUAAUCAUUCAUGUGGCUUUGGUAUCUAAACACUUGGGUAUUUUAGUGGGUUGUUUAUUUAAAACUAAUCGUUGGAUUUGUCAUUGCGUAUUUAUAUACAAGCAUGUACAGUGAACAGUUGUGUUAACACCGAAAUAAAUCUGGCAUCAGUA